AUGGGAGAAGCGAGUAUAAGUAACCAACAACUAGAGGAUGAAAUAACUACUUCGCCGCUGACCUUCAUCGGUCAUGCAGGAACCUCCUCCGGGGGAGUCGUCAUCGGUCAUGCAGGAACCUCCCCGGGGGAGUCGACAUCGGUCAUACAGGAACCUCUCCCGGGGGAGUCGUCAUCGGUCAUCCAGGAACCUCCCCGGGGGAGUCUUCAUCGGUCAUGCAGGAACCUCCCCGGGGGAGUCUUCAUCGGUCAUGCAGGAACCUCCCCGGGGGAGUCGUCAUCGGUCAUGCAGGAACCUCCCCGGGGGAGUCGACAUCGGUCAUACAGGAACCUCUCCCGGGGGAGUCGUCAUCGGUCAUGCAGGAACCUCCACGGGGGAGUCUUCAUCGGUCAUGCAGGAACCUCCCCGGGGGAGUCUUCAUCGGUCAUGCAGGAACCUCCCCGGGGGAGUCGUCAUCGGUCAUGCAGGACCCUCCCCGGGGGAGUCUUCAUCGGUCAUCCAGGAACCUCUCCCGGGGGAGUCGUCAUCGGUCAUGCAGGAACCUCUCCCGGGGGAGUCUUCAUCGGUCAUGCAGGAACCUCCCCGCGGGAGUCGUCAUCGGUCAUGCAGGAACCUCCCCGGGGGAGUCUUCAUCGGUCAUGCAGGAACCUCCCCGGGGGAGUCUUCAUCGGUCAUGCAGGAACUUCCCCGGGGGAGUCGUCAUCGGUCAUGCAGGAACCUCCCCGGGGGAGUCUUCAUCGGUCAUGCAGGAACCUCCCCGGGGGAGUCGUCAUCGGUCAUGCAGGAACCUCCCCGGGGGAGUCUUCAUCGGUCAUGCAGGAACCUCCCCGGGGGAGUCUUCAUCGGUCAUGCAGGAACCUCCCCAGGGGAGUCGUCAUCGGUCAUGCAGGAACCUCCCCGGGGGAGUCGUCAUCGGUCAUGCAGGAACCUCCCCAGGGGAGUCGUCAUCGGUCAUGCAGGAACCUCCCCGGGGGAGUCGUCAUCGGUCAUGCAGGAACCUCCCCGGGGGAGUCUUCAUCGGUCAUGCAGGAACCUCCCCGGGGGAGUCUUCAUCGGUCAUGCAGGAACCUCCCCGGGGGAGUCGUCAUCGGUCAUGCAGGAACCUCCCCGGGGGAGUCGUCAUCGGUCAUGCAGGAACCUCCCCGGGGGAGUCUUCAUCGGUCAUGCAGGAACCUCCCCGGGGAGUCGUCAUCGGUCAUGCAGGAACCUCCCCGGGGGAGUCGUCAUCGGUCAUGCAGGAACCUCCCCGGGGGAGUCGUCAUCGGUCAUGCAGGAACCUCCCCAGGGGAGUCGUCAUCGGUCAUGCAGGAACCUCCCCGGGGGAGUCUUCAUCGGUCAUGCAGGAACCUCCCCGGGGGAGUCUUCAUCGGUCAUGCAGGAACCUCCCCGGGGGAGUCUUCAUCGAUCAUGCAGGAACCUCCCCAGGGGAGUCGUCAUCGGUCAUGCAGGAACCUCCCCGGGGGAGUCGUCAUCGGUCAUGCAGGAACCUCCCCGGGGGAGUCUUCAUCGGUCAUGCAGGAACCUCCCCGGGGGAGUCUUCAUCGGUCAUGCAGGAACCUCCCCGGGCGAGUCGUCAUCGGUCAUGCAGGAACCUCCCCGGGGGAGUCGUCAUCGGUCAUGCAGGAACCUCCCCGGGGGAGUCGUCAUCGGUCAUGCAGGAACCUCCCCGGGGGAGUCGUCAUCGGUCAUGCAGGAACCUCCCCGGGGGAGUCUUCAUCGGUCAUCCAGGAACCUCCCCGGGGGAGUUGUCAUCGGUCAUACAGGAACCUCCCCGGGGGAGUCGUCAUCGGUCAUGCAGGAACCUCCCCGGGGGAGUCGUCAUCGGUCAUGCAGGAACCUCCCCAGGGGAGUCGUCAUCGGUCAUGCAGGAACCUCCCCGGGGGAGUCUUCAUCGGUCAUGCAGGAACCUCCCCGGGGGAGUCUUCAUCGGUCAUGCAGGAACCUCCCGGGGGAGUCGUCAUCGGUCAUGCAGGAACCUCCCCGGGGGAGUCGUCAUCGGUCAUGCAGGAACCUCCCCGGGGGAGUCUUCAUCGGUCAUCCAGGAACCUCCCCGGGGGAGUCGUCAUCGGUCAUGCAGGAACCUCCCCGGGGGAGUCGUCAUCGGUCAUGCAGGAACCUCCCCGGGGGAGUCGUCAUCGGUCAUGCAGGAACCUCCCCAGGGGAGUCGUCAUCGGUCAUGCAGGAACCUCCCCGGGGGAGUCUUCAUCGGUCAUGCAGGAACCUCCCCGGGGGAGUCUUCAUCGGUCAUGCAGGAACCUCCCCGGGGGAGUCUUCAUCGGUCAUGCAGGAACCUCCCCAGGGGAGUCGUCAUCGGUCAUGCAGGAACCUCCCCGGGGGAGUCGUCAUCGGUCAUGCAGGAACCUCCCCGGGGGAGUCUUCAUCGGUCAUGCAGGAACCUCCCCGGGGGAGUCUUCAUCGGUCAUGCAGGAACCUCCCCGGGGGAGUCGUCAUCGGUCAUGCAGGAACCUCCCCGGGGAAGUCGUCAUCGGUCAUGCAGGAACCUCCCCGGGGGAGUCUUCAUCGGUCAUGCAGGAACCUCCCCGGGGGAGUCGUCAUCGGUCAUGCAGGAACCUCCCCGGGGGAGUCUUCAUCGGUCAUGCAGGAACCUCCCCGGGGGAGUCGUCAUCGGUCAUGCAGGAACCUCCCCGGGGGAGUCUUCAUCGGUCAUGCAGGAACCUCCCCGGGGGAGUCGUCAUCGGUCAUGCAGGAACCUCCCCGGGGGAGUCGCCAUCGGUCAUGCAGGAACCUCCCCGGGGGAGUCGUCAUCGGUCAUGCAGGAACCUCCCCGGGGGAGUCUUCAUCGGUCAUCCAGGAACCUCUCCCGGGGGAGUCGUCAUCGGUCAUGCAGGAACCUCCCCGGGGGAGACGUCAUCGAGACUUAAGAGACCCCCAACACAGAAACUUAAGAAACCCCCAACACAGAGACUUAAGAGACCCCCAACACUGAGUCUUAAGAGACCCCCAACACAGAGACUUAAGAGACCCCCAACACUGAGACUUAAGAGACCCCCAACACAGAGACUUAAGAGACCCCCAACACAGAGACUUAAGAGACCCCCAACACUGAGACUUAAGAGACCCCCAACACAAAGACUUAAGAGACCCCCAACAAUGAGACUUAAGAGACCCCCAACACAGAGGCUUAAGAGACCCCCAACACAGAGACUUAAGAGACCCCCAACACAGAUACUUAAGAGACCCCCAACACAAAGACUUAAGAGACCCCCAACAAUGAGACUUAAGAGACCCCCAACACAGAGGCUUAAGAGACCCCCAACACAGAGACUUAAGAGACCCCCAACACAGAGACUUAAGAGACCCCCAACACAGAGACUUAAGAGACCCCAACACUGA